CGCGCUGCGUCAGCCAAUCAGGAAGAGUCCCGUUUGGACGUCGUAAGCUUGAUGUUAGCUAGGUAGCCUGUUUGCUAACGAGAACGAAGAUGGAUUCUCCCAUACUGGAACCUUCCUUGCAUACCGUCAAAGCUGUACUGAUUCUGGACAACGAUGGAGACAGGCUUUAUGCCAAGUAUUAUGAUGACACAUACCCAACAGUAAAGGAGCAGAAAGCUUUUGAGAAGAACAUAUUUAACAAGACUCACCGAACAGACAGUGAGAUAGCAUUACUGGAAGGCCUGACUGUUGUGUACAAGAGCAAUAUAGACCUCUUCUUUUAUGUGAUUGGAAGCUCACAUGAAAAUGAGCUUAUGCUUAUGGCUGUUCUAAACUGCCUUUUCGAUUCCCUCAGUCAGAUGUUGAGAAAAAAUGUUGAGAGGAGAGCUUUAUUGGAGAAUAUGGAGGGACUCUUCCUGGCUGUCGAUGAAAUUGUGGAUGGAGGGGUGAUCUUAGAGAGUGACCCGCAGCAAGUUGUGCACCGUGUGGCUCUCAGAGGUGAUGAUGUACCUUUGACAGAGCAGACAGUGACCCAGGUGCUUCAAUCUGCAAAGGAACAGAUCAAGUGGUCACUUCUCCGAUAAUUGUCAGUGUUACCAGGGAGCUGCUGCUCAGCACAGACCAUAUAGCACUGAUCUCCUCCAGCUUACAUUUCGUUCAAAGCUGUGAGCUGUACAAAUGGCUGAUCCAGUCACUCUUUGGGACUUCUACUUUAUAAAGUUUCCUUUUUCAUACAUUUUUUUGCUUUGUUAUAAUUGAUCAAAGUGAGGAUAAAAGGUGUACAUUCCAAUAAUGAAUGCCCCGUUCAGAUGAUUGUUUUUUUUUCUCCUUUUUUUUGCUGUUAUCUAGGAAUGUGAUUAACUGAUAAACAUCACAACCUCUGACACCAUUCCUUGUAUUGCUCUACCCUGAUGUAUAAUCCUUUCAACAGCAUGCUGUCAUCCACAGAUUACUGUAAAAAGAAUAAAGUUGGGUAAAGUUGA